CAGAUCGACCUGGUCUGGAUCUGGCCGAAACGUCCGAUUCGGGACACGCAGUCCGGAAAAAUGUCGCUCCUUUAGAGCCCCGAAUUCCGAAACAGACACUUCGGUCACCAUACGGAUCUUCGCGGAACCCAAAACGUAGUGUCUGUUUAAAAUCUCGGUUCAGUUUGGUGUGUCUGUGAGAUCCUCGAAACAUCGCCUGGAACAAACAUGUCGGUCGUUUAGAGCCACAGAUUUGAUAGAGACAUUCGCGUUGCGUCCGAUCACCGACGCCAAAAUGGGCACUGUGCUAAGUUUUUCACCUCGAGAACGACGCCCAGUGUACACCACCAGCUCCAAUGGGGAUUUCACGCUCAAUAAUUUCUCGUACGAGCAGCUAAAUAACGUGAAAAAUCGGGAAAACAAAAGUAGCAACGGCGUUACAAAUUCUAAUAACCAUAAUCUGUGCAACAAUAAUAUAAACAAUAACGACAACGCCAGGAUUAUCUCGGAGAAGAACGCCUUGGAGAAGAACCUGAAGAAACAUUCACUGUUCAUCAACGCGCUAUCAUGGAAGCGGUUCUCCACGACGAACAACAACAAAAAGAAGCUGGAGAACAACAAAAACAAAAACAUCACCGUCUUCAGACAACCUCUCGUCGACAAUAUCCAUCCUGUCAUCGACAAAAACAAAAAUAUCAAGAACGGUUCGUACUACACAACUUCGAAAAGCACCUCGGCGUUGGCUCUAGAUAUAGUUCGCGUUAACAAUGCCAACAAUAAUCAUCACCUCAACUGCGACAAAGUCGGUAAUAAGCAAGUGUUGCUGAGUAGCCAGAACUCCCUGAGCAACUGCAGGGACAAUCAAGUCGUCCCUGUUGCGGGGGCUCCCAAGAAGACUGUCAUCCAAGCUUCCACAUCAGAAUUACUAAAAUGUCUGGGGAUGUUUCUACACGCCAAGUGCUACAAGCUCAGGGAUUUCCAGGCGGGAGAUGCAGUUAUGUGGCUCAGAACGGUUGACAGAAGUCUUUUGUUGCAAGGCUGGCAGGAUGUCGCGUUCAUCAAUCCAGCCAACGUAGUGUUCGUGUAUAUGUUAGUGCGAGACCUCGUGGAAUCAGAUAUGGACUGCGAACAGGAUCUUCAAGCCGUCGUUCUCACCUGCCUCUACCUGUCGUACUCGUACAUGGGCAACGAGAUCUCGUACCCACUCAAGCCGUUCUUGGUCGAAGAUUCCAAGGAAAAAUUCUGGGAUAGGUGUUUGGACAUAGUAAACCGCCUCAGCUCGAACAUGCUGCGAAUAAACGCUGAACCCGGUUACUUCACGGAAAUAUUCACGGAGCUGAAGGCGUGCGGUAUCGGCAACAUUGUCGCCAGCAACAUGGCAACGAUGGGCUGUCAAACGGUCCCUGUGGUGCCCUGCAACACCGGCGGAGCCGCCACGCAAGUCGCUUGACGUAAAGAGAUGACCGUAGUCAAAUUGAGUCUGGCCGAAUUGCCCACUGUUCCCUGUGAAGUUUAGAAGAUUGUUUGUACGUCAAUACGUGCGAAAAUUCGAGGACCGCUCGGAAGAUUCACCCUGGUUUCGGUCGAGUUGACUUUCUAAUCGGUAGAGAGAGUUCAAGAGUGGCGGUAUACUCGGACUAGGAAGUUGAUGAUACCACAUCGUAACUUAUUGUUAGUUCAAGCAUGCAUAAGACUAGUAAAAAGGGGAAAUUGUAUGCAACAUUGACCCUCUACUGGAAAUCUUAAUUUCUGUUAUUUAGAGAAUGAACUAUGAAAUUUAUCAUCGAUAUUCUGAAUGAACGAAUUGUUAACCUUGGAUAAAGUGGACGUUAAAGGAAAAUACUCCAAUUUAUAGUUGUUUUAAAGUUUAAAAUGCUCAGAGUUUCGGUAACGUACAAUUUAGAGCCAGAACACAUCUCGCUUCUUGUGUAAUUCUUUGUUAAUUCAGAAUAACAGAAGUAGCCCAAAAUAUGUAAUUAGAUACUAAAUGCAUACUUCCAUAAUCUUUUUGGGCUACUCUAGGCUGAAUUAUGGCGGUACUGACGUGUCUUUGAUAAGAUGGAGAUGGAUGGUGUGACCUUGAAAAACUGGUACAGAUGGAUGCAUGAAAGUUCAGAUAAAAAUCGUCAAGGAUAACAGUUUGUUCAGUGCCAAAUACUUUGAGAUGAUAACUAACUCGGUCGUUUCAUUACAUCUAAUUCAGGUCAAUAUUGCAUGGAUCCGUGAAGUUCCCCUCAUUUUUUUUUAUUAUUUUUAAUAUUAAUAUCAACCUUGUCAGUAAAGAGUGAGAAUACAUUGUUCUUUUUCUCAUUGUGAUCUAGUCAUUCUGCUUUCGCUUUUUAAAAAAGCGAAAUGUGUAGGAUAAAUCGGGUAAUAGUAUUCAUGACAGAGAGCAGAAUAAUUGUAUUGAUUUGACAAGAAAUAACGAUACCUAUACAGGGUGGCCCCAUUUGUGACUCCUGGUUAUUUUGGAAAAAAUCGCUAGGACACGUCAAUUUUGAUUUCUUGGCGGACGUCUUUUCAACUAUUGCCGUACAAUACAGGGUGAUCCAAAAAUAAGAUAUUGCAUUUAAAUAGAAUUUAAAUUUUUAGAUUUUGUAUGAAGUGUUUGGUAACCUUUGGAUAAUACAGUUUAUACCUAUCUUUAAUCGUUGUGAAGCUAUUGGGGUUUAUAAUUUUCAAUUCUAGAAUUUUUGAUAAUGAGGGAUUUUAUCGUAAAAAUAAUAAUCAAUAUAGUUCCCAUAGUAACAAGACUUUACUUUAAAAUUAAAAACAAGUCUCCGAGUUUUAAAUCAACAAAAAACAGCCUGAUCUGUUGUUGACAGGCACAUUAAAGUUUAAGUAAAAAUUAAUUUGCUAUAAAGAGGUAGGUCAAUGUGGUAAUAAAUGCUGAAAGUGGUAUCCAUUCACCUCCAUGCAAUAAUAAAGAUUUUUGUUAGAAUCUCUUUCUCACAUUUUCAAGCAUGACUUGAAAUAUUUAUCUACAUUCAGCCAUAAUCCGCUGACGAAGAUCUUGAAUGGAAUCUGGCUUGGUACUAAAAACUUCUUGUUGGAAAUGAAUGUACUUUUCAUUACAAUUAACGUCAUUUUCUAUUAUUUACCUUUUCUUUGGGCCACUCUGUAUGUACCAAACAAGAGGGAAACGUCAAUUCCGAAACCGUUUCAAGAACGUUCCAUCGCCUUUGGGCGUGCCAAUAUCGUUAAAUAUGACCAGUUCUCGUCAUUAAUGCUAUCUCCGGCUGCUCUAUUGUUCUUUUUAAUAUCCGGAAAAUGUUUAUACUGAAAAUAUAUCGUGAAUCGACUCGCAUAUCUUACGUUGAAGUACUCACACGAUUUUGAUUAAAAGUUCUUUUGUUAGAUGAGUAUUUGAGCGCAGACAUUUCAAUUCACCAUAUAUUUCAACCAAGCUCAAUCUGUGGUAGUACCCUGUAAGUUAAAAAUGAUGGUUGAUACUAGAGCUAUACGAGUACAAGGAACUCAAUAAAGUGUUUCUUUUCAAUACGUUUGUACCAAAAAACGUAAAGUCUGUCUUAAAGAAGAAAGGGGUUUGUUGAAAAAUUGUUAGAGAUCGUGGUAUAGUAGACGACAACGCCUUUAGAUUCGUUUACAUUUUUUGCCUAUAGUCAUAAAACGGCUAUUAAAUCGAGAAGUGGAAGCAUGAGGACAGAGACGGAUCUGAAAAUUUUCAAACAUUUCCUCUUGCAAGUCUGGAUGAGAUGAGAGAUGAGAUGGAAUCAAGUUUUUGAAGUAACGUUGAUUGUUAUAGGUCUCGCCUAUUUCCAUCAAUUCUCAAAGUACCAUCUCUGCUGUGGAAAUUUCAUUUCGGUUAUAAUGAUCAUACAUUAUGUUCCUUACUUUGGCAGUUGUUGCUGCACUUAAAGGUAUAGAUGUCCCCUUGUCGAUUCUCCUUUUCCUUGGAUGAGCCAUCCAGUCAGUUAGGCUGUUUUUUAAGGACACUACUAUUGCUGUUGUCACCCAUUUCACGUAACAGUUCAUUAUAAACAUUAAUGCCAGUCUGUUGAGUAUCAACAGACUGGCAAAUACGACGGCAUUCCUGACUAUCGUUGCUGCCAUCGAUACUACUAUCAGUACCAUGCGUACUGACAGUACCACUGUUCGAUGCAAGAUGGGUUUUCAUCAUUCAUAGCGCCAUUGUACCUAUAAUUUUCGAUGUCUGUGGGCCGCUGAGCAGAUCGUUCCCAAGGGCGGAAAAAAUUCGUAUCGCCCAUAAUUAUUAUUCAAGACGUCGUCAGUCAACGUCAUAGAACUGGAAAUAUAUUCCUGAGUACCGCUCUGUUGUAUCGCGCUGAUUCACCUGGGAGGGGGGUAGGGGUUCAGGUCUUCAUAGCGCAGUUACAUUAUGUGAACUUUUUGUUAUGACAGUAUCGAAAUAACGCGCUCUUUUAGAUUCGCUGCAUUCAAACCAAUUGUAUCGAACUAUUAGGGCUUUUUAGGUUAUUGCACAUUGCUCAAAUGUAUGUAUAAUUUAUACAAAUGAACCAGAUUCCAUUAUUAUUUAUACCGUAUCAUAUAAUGACCGUACUAUAUGGCGGGUCGGUAACACAAGGAUGCAGAAAAAAUGUAAACGAAUCUAAAAGCGUUGUCGUCUACGCAUUUGAUAAACGGAAAAGGCUUAAAAUUUGUCGAGUGUCACGUUACCCACAUGGAUCAAAGUCACUCAUCUCAUCCGUCAUCUAUAGUCAAUUUCAAUCUUCAACAACAAAAUGUAUCACGCGUUUGAAAUACAUAUGGUUGUCGACAGAGGUAUAAGGUUUAUUUAUAUUUUUAUUUACAGCCAUAAAACCGAAAAGGCGGCUUUUAAAGAGACGCAUCCGCUCCUUUGGGAGGUGCGGGGCAAGGGGAGGAGAUGAAGGCCAGCGUCUCCGAGACGCCUCUUUUAUAGCAUAGUCACAUUAUGUCAAUACGUUGCUAUGCCCGUAUCGAAUUAUUUUAGAUUCGCUACAUUUAAAGCAAUUGUCAGUACUUUUUACGUUAUUGCAUAUUGCUCACAUGCAAAAUUCAUACAGAUGAACCAGCUUUCUUCAUUAUUCUGACCUGUAUCGUAUAAUGACGAUACUAUACGGCUUUAUAGUUAAAGGAGAAGAAAAAAAUUCAAACAGACACGAUACAGUUUUCGCGAUUUAUAGCAUCGUUAAGCGAUCUAUACUAUAACUAUCUAAAACUGUAAUGACUCAUCG